AAAAGCCAUCUUGGGGUGUGUGUUUGCGUGUGUGUUCAAACACUGGCAUCUCAUAGGCUCUCGUUACUGCUGUGGAUGGCGGCUGAUUCUCUCUCUCUCUCUCUCUCUCUCUCUCGACCUGCCUGCAGACAACUAAUGAAUCAUUUCUAGCCAAAUCCAAGCAGUGCAGACACACCAAUGCCCGCUGCCGCCUCUGCCUGCCCCUCUCCUCCCGGCUCGCUCGCGUCCCCAGGCUGUAAUCUGACCCGGGAGACUGCAGUCAUCUAGGCGGUGAAUCUCCAGAGCAGCCUCGGUGGAGCUUGCUUCCAAGGUUAGCAUGGCCUGUCACACCUGAGACCUGCAGGCUCGGAGGACGAACUUGAUCAGACCCAACCUUUGGAAGACCCACUGGGGAAUUUCUUACUUCGUGUCCUGAGUCCGGGAACCCAGCAGUGGGGAUUUUGUGGAACACGAACGGAAGGAUGCUACCCAGGGAGAGAGUCGUCUGAGCGUCCACUAUGCAGGCCUGCUCACAGAGGCCUGGCAGCUCCACGAGCGGAAAGCAGACCAUGGUCGGCUUCACCACACGCUCGCCACAGUGACCGAGGAACGCGAUUUGGCUGUGAAGGAGAAGUGCCAGCUCCGAGCCAAGCUGGAGAACCUAGAACAGGUCCUAAAGCACAUGCGAGAGGCCGCCGAGCGGCGGCAGCAGCUGGAGGUGGAGCAUGACCAAGCCCUGGCCGUCCUCACUGCCAAGCAGCAGGAAAUUGACCUUCUGCAGAAGGCUCAGAUUGAAGCUAAGAAAGAGCACGAAGGCGCAGUGCAGCUGUUAGAGUCCAAGGUCCAGGAGCUGGAGGCGAAAUGCCGGAUGCAGAGUGAGCAGUUCAGCCUCCUGUCACGGGAGCUGGGGAAGUUCCGGCAGCAGGCCGGCGCCAUCGACCUGCUGGGCAGUGGCCCUGUGGCCCCCCUGGCCCUCCCCUCGGCCCCCAGCAAGCCCUUCCCACCGUUCAUGAAUGGGGUCGCCACCUCCAUCUGCAAAGGUCAGGAGAGCUCCACUGGAAGCCACCCGGUGAUUGGUGACUACAUCCUGCCCCUUGCGCUCCCUGGGGAAAAGCCACAGCCGCCGUCCCUCAAGCCUGCCUUUCUGUCGAGGUCCAGAGGCCCGAGAUGUGGAUUUGAGUCCGAUAUGGAUAAUGAACAGAAUUCCAACACAUCGAAGCAGAGAUAUUCUGGAAAGGUUCACCUGUGUGUCGCCCGCUACAGUUACAACCCCUUUGAUGGGCCAAAUGAAAACCCAGAAGCUGAGCUGCCGCUCACGGCGGGGAAGUACCUCUACGUGUAUGGAGACAUGGACGAGGACGGAUUUUACGAAGGUGAGCUCCUGGAUGGGCAGAGGGGUCUGGUGCCCUCCAACUUUGUGGACUUCGUCCAGGACAACGAAUCACGGUUGGCCAGCACGCUGGGGAGUGAACAGGACCAGAAUUUCAUCAACCAUUCUGGUGUCGGCGUGGAAGGGGGGGAGCACAUUCUUGCCCUCCACUCCCCCACUCACAUUGACCCCAGCAUCACAGACAACGGUGCAGGGACGCUGGACGUGAACAUUGAUGAGAUCGGAGAAGACAUUGUGCCUUACCCUAGAAAAAUCACCCUUAUCAAACAACUUGCCAAAAGUGUCAUUGUGGGCUGGGAGCCCCCGGCUGUUCCACCGGGGUGGGGGACCGUGAGCAGCUACAACGUCCUGGUGGACAAGGAGAUGCGGCUGAGCCUCACACCGGGGAGCAGAACCAAAGCACUCAUUGAGAAGCUCAACAUGGCGGCCUGCACUUACCGCAUCUCUGUGCAGUGUGUCAUGAGCCGGGGCAGCUCGGAUGAGCUGCAGUGCACGCUGUUGGUGGGCCGGGACGUGGUGGUGGCCCCCUCCCACCUGCGGGUGGACAACAUCACCCAGGUCUCAGCCCAGCUCUCCUGGCUCCCCACCAACAGCAACUACAGCCACGUCAUCUUCCUCAAUGAAGAGGAGUUUGACAUUGUCAAGGCGGCGAGGUACAAGUACCAGUUUUUUAACCUCAGGCCCAACACGGCCUACAAGGUGAAGGUUCUGGCCAAGCCCCACCAGAUGCCGUGGCAGCUGCCCCUGGAGCAGCGGGAGAAGAAGGAGGCCUUCGUGGAGUUCUCCACGCUGCCUGCAGGUCCUCCGGCUCCCCCACAGGAUGUCACUGUGCAGGCUGGGGCCACUCCAGGCACCGUCCAGGUCUCUUGGAGACCACCUGCGCUGACGCCCACUGGGCUGUCCAAUGGGGCCAAUGUGACGGGCUACGGCGUGUAUGCGCGCGGGCAGAGGGUGGCCGAGGUCAUCUUCCCUAUGGCGGACGGCACGGCGGUGGAGCUGGUGCGGCUGCGCAGCCUGGAAGCGAAGGCAGUGAGCGUGCGGACCCUCUCGGCCCAGGGCGAGUCCGUGGACUCCUCAGUCUCUGCCAUCCCCCCUGACCUUCUGGUGCCUCCAGCCCCCCACCCUAGGACCAUGCCCCCAGUGAAGCCAUCCACAGGUGCCGGUGUCCCCGAAACCAAAGAAGCCUCCCCAGGCCGGGCGCCGGCCCCCGCACACGGGCACCUGCUGGAGCCCCCCAGCCCACAAGGUCCUGGCCCUGGACGACGUUCACCCUCACCCAGCCGCAUCCUCCCGCAGCCACAGGGCACACCCGUCCCCAGCACCGUCGCCAAGGCCAUGGCCCGCGAGGCUGCGCAGAGGGCAGCCGAGAGCAGCAGGUUAGAGAAAAGGAGCGUGUUCCCAGAGAGGGGCAGCACUGGGCAGUAUGCGAACUCGGACGAGGAGGACAGCUACGGCUCCCCAGAUAUCAAGCGGAGGGGCACUUCUGUGGACGACUUCCUCAAAGGCUCCGAGCUGGGGAAGCCGCCCCACUGUUGCCAUGGAGAUGAGGACCACACCGAGAGUAGUCGGGGGUCCGACCUCUCAGACAUCAUGGAAGAGGACGAGGAAGAGCUCUACUCGGAAAUGCAGCUGGAGGAGGGGGGACGGAGGCGGCCCAGUGGCACAUCCCACAAUGCCCUCAAGGAGAGCUGUAAGAGUAGGACCUCUGAAGGCGCUUUCUGGGAGCAGCCCGAGUCUCCCCAGCAGCCCUCGCACAGUCAGAGACUGUUCAGCAUCCCUGAGGCGGCAGAGGAGGAUGGGGAGCCCGGGGACUUCCUGCACAAGCAGGGUGUAGGCUGCUCCCCCAGAGCGGCCCCCCGGGGUGCCUGGCUGCCUGCCGCGCACAGGGCCCCCCACGCUGAGGGCUUCCUUCUGGAAGACGGGGGCUGUCGCUUCAGCCGCUCGGCCGCCCGAAGCCCAGACAGCGGCCUGGACUGUGGGAGCGAGGAGGAAGAGCUCCGCCUAGGCGUCAGGAAGGCCCCCUCCUCGGGCAGCGCGGGUCCCAGCCCCUGCCCCUGCCCCUGCCGCAGGAACCUGAGGCCCUCACUGGCCCGGCGGCCCACCCUGACACGGCAGAGCAGCAUCGAAGAAGACUUUGGGGACCAAGUGGACCCCAGCGAAGCCAUCCGCAGCGAUGGUGCCCAACCCCACCCGGAGAAAUCCGGCCCCAGGAAGUAUAGCUGGGAUGAGUCCAUGGACCAGGAAGAUUUUCAGGGUGUCUGGAAGAAAAGCAUAAAAAUGCCCGCCAGUAGGGCCACUGUUCACCAUGCAAAACCACCUCCCAGAGUGGCAGACGGUCCUUUGAUUUUAGGGAACCCAGUGUCUGCAGGACGGGCUGAGCGGGCGGAUCACAUGGGUCAGAGGUUUCCUCCCGGCAGCGCUGGCCCUCCGAGGUCCCGGGCAAUGGUGGUCCCGUCUAUCGACGACUAUGCAGGGCGAGACCGGCUGUCUCCAGACUUCUAUGAAGAGUCAGAGACAGACCCCGGUGCCGAAGAGCUCCCAGCCCGGAUCUUUGUGGCUCUGUUUGACUACGACCCACUCACCAUGUCCCCGAAUCCCGAUGCUGCAGAAGAGGAGCUGCCCUUUAAAGAAGGGCAGAUCAUCAAGGUUUAUGGUGAUAAAGACGCUGACGGAUUCUACCGCGGGGAGACCUGUGCCCGCCUUGGCCUUAUUCCUUGUAACAUGGUCUCUGAGAUCCAGGCAGAUGACGAGGAGAUGAUGGGCCAGCUUCUCAGACAAGGCUUUCUCCCUCUCAACACACCUGUGGAGAAAAUAGAGAGAAACAGAAGAAGCGGCAGACGGCAUUCAGCACCUACGCGAAGAAUGGUGGCUCUCUAUGACUAUGACCCAAGAGAAAGCUCACCUAAUGUUGAUGUGGAGGCUGAACUAACAUUUUGUACAGGAGAUAUUAUUACUGUUUUUGGUGAAAUCGAUGAAGAUGGGUUUUAUUAUGGGGAACUUAAUGGGCACAAAGGCCUUGUACCUUCAAACUUCCUGGAAGAAGUGCCUGAUGAUGUAGAAGUGUAUCUUUCGGACGUACCGUCUCACUACUCUCAAGACACACCGAGGCGUUCAAAGGCAAAAAGGGUUCCUCCUGAGGGGUCAGGUACAGCAAGGAGAGCUCCAUCCCCCACAGUCCAUCUCCAUUCGGGGUCACCUACGUCAUCUAUGGGUUCUGGUAGUCCUGGGAGAGGCAGGGAAAUGUCCUCGAAAAAGAAAAAGGGGCUGCUUUCCAAAGGCAAGAAACUGCUGAAAAAGCUUGGUGCAGUGAAAUGAUUCAUGUACUUCUGGACAACUUCCAAAUCUAUGUAAUCUUCUUUAAUUCCAAACUAGGGCUUUCAUGACUCAAGUCCUUCCUAAAAACACAAUCUUCUCCCCUGCCACCAGUAGAGAAAUGCACUUUUGCACUACCAUCCACUUUACACCAACUGCAAGAGCAAAGAGGAGCUGUGGCUCUUUCUCAGCCUCCGUGGCCCGAGGUCUGAUCCGGGAGGUGGGCGGGUGUGUCUGACUCACAAGCAGGGGGGUGGAUGGCUCUUUGUAGCUCACUCAGUCUCUGUGCAUCUGUCAUCCACCCCUGAAGGAAUGAUUUCCAACCUUCCCCCUUUUCAAAAUGCUUGCCUCAUAAUGCAGAAUUUCCACUUAACUCUGGUCUUGAAAUUCCUAGUUUAAUCCGCCUUGAUGUCCUGCCUUAUAAAUGCACAAUGAUUUGUACUGUCUAAUAAAAAAUAGUGUAUACUCUGUGUUGUGCGUUCAGUGGUCUCCAUCCUCACUGACAGUGUUUGACAUCAAGCUGUACAGGCUGUGCAUCCCGAGUCUCCACAGAGCAAACCAGGCAACACACAGAAAGCGCUGACUUACCUAAUCGUUCAAAAAGGAGAGGCGUGGCUUUGUCUGGGGAAGUACCAGUAUUCCUGCCAGAAUGCUGAUAACCUUCACUGCUUUCAGGGUUACAUUCUGUGGCAUAUGGAUUUCUGUUACUUUCACCAUUUGUCAAAAUGCCAUACACAAUUAUUCACCAAUGACUAGCACACACAUAAAAUUAGUCACAUGAUUCAUAAGCCACACCCAAAACACCCCAAAUUUAAGUCUAUUCAGGAUCAUUCCACCCAAUCUUCAUCAUUGACAUCUGAACAAAAGACUUACAAAGCUGCUGGCAAACGUAUCUGGUGGUUACUAUUUUGUAAUUGUCCACUUGUAAAUUGUUUUUACUCUUUAUACAUACUUUUCAGACUGCCUUUCUUUUGUAAUUUAUGGAAGGUUUAUAAAUGAGUGAUCCAAGCUUUCCCCAUUGUGUCUUCAAAAAAUACAUUGUAAAUUGUAAUAUAAUGGUAUGUGUUAGAUUUAUUAAAAGGAAAUCAAUCACUUAAUGUGUGGCUAAGUGUGGGUGUGUGCAUGUGUACAGUUAGUGUACAGUUUAUAGAAAUAAAAUGUUAUUUUAUACAAUGCUGUUUGGUCUAUCUUUGUCUUAAGCACCCUUUUUUCGUAGCAACACAGCUAAAUUUCUCUUAUACAUACAAGAAAAGCUCUGUAGCCAUGUAUCUUUCCCAGGACUAUUUUAAAGUUACGCUGACCUGUGUUUUGGGAGUCAGUUACAGAGUGCUGACACUUUUGCACUAUGGAUGACAACCCACUCAGUGCCAGUUAGCAUGGAGUUGCUGUAUUUCUUGCACAUGAGAAACGCUCAUGCACAACUGAUACUCUGAAGGUGAGUUCAAUCUGUAUUAGUAUUUCCGUUUGCCAGAUUUAGAAUUCAAAUCAUAAUAAAGGGCUAAACUGACGUAAUAAACUUAGUUUCCCAAUUCUAAAGAAUUCUAAAAUCCUAAUAUUUAUAAUUUAUUUCUCUUUCAUUUUUACUGAUUUCCAUUUCUAUUUCUAACUUUCCAUCUGUCUUGUCUCUCAUCUCAUCAGAGACAGAGAAACCAAAGACCAGACGAGACACAUGAGAGACGUGAUGUGUAUUUUUAUAUUUAGAUUUAUUAUUUCCCACACUUGUACCAAGACAAGUUAGAGGACUCUCCACUAACAGUAUGAUUGUAAUUUUCUGUCUUCAGGGGCUAACCUAACAAAGUUAGGCCCACACUCUACAAACUAUUCAGUAAAGAACUCAC